CGAGAAAAUAAAACUCUGUACGAACCAAAUAUUUAAGUUUUUAAGGAAGUGAAAUAAAAGCGUAGAAAAAAAAGUAAACAAAAUAACAUUUGAAAAAAAAAUCAAAAAUUGAAAUAAAUUUUAUUAAAAGAAUUGUGAACAUAAUGAGUGAUCCAAAAAAGGUGAUAGAGAUGGAUAAAUCAACCAUCGUUACAUUAAGGGCUGAACUGUACAGGCUGAAAAAAUCAGAAGAACUAAAGAUCAGAGAUCAUAAUCCAAUUAAGAAAAUAAAUAACACCAAAAUUAUUUCGUCAUCACCUGUAAAUAAUUUAAAAACCAUAGAAGUUGAUGACAGCAUCGAAUUAGCAAGAUCAAAGAGGAUUUUGGAACAGAAGGCAAAGUAUUAUGAGCGGAUGUCAAAAAAUAAAGUCAACUCAACUUUGGUACUAUUUGAGAACAAAAAAGAUGAUGACAUUCGAGAUGUAACAGAUUAUAUUGAAUUCACAGAUUGUUUUGGGCGAACACGGAAGGUUGAAAAGAGUGAAUAUGACAAAAUCCGUGAUGAAAGAGAUGAAAUUAUCGAGGAACCAAAAGAAGUGGAACAAAAUGAUGUAGAAGAAAUUGGCGACAGCUUUUUAAAACAACGAGAAGAGUGGAGGAAGCAAGAAAUCGUCAAUAAAGAACGCAGCGAACUCCAUUACCAAGAUAUUUUGUUUGAUGAGGCAAGACUUCACGGCACAGCGUGGUAUAAAUUCUCUCAAGAUCAUGAAGAGCGUCAAAUUCAACAAGAAAAUCUCAUUAAGAUGCGAGAGAAAACUGAACAGGCGCAAAGUCAACGUGCAGAGUUAAAAAAGCACCGGGAUGAUAUCAUUAAAAAUCGAAUUAAGCUUGCAAAAGAACGUAUGAGAAAAAAACUUGGACUGCCCAUUGAGCAAACUGACAAUGACGAUAGUAAAGUUGCAGCAGAUGAUAAGAGCAAUGAUGACAGACAGAAAGCAAGUGAACAGGCUGAAAAAGAUGCCGAAAAAGAAUUGCAGAGGGAAAUGGAGAGGAAACGGCAUAUAAGGCCAUGGGAUAAAGGUAAAUUGAGUGGAAAAGAGCAUUCCGAUGAGUCUGACGAGGAGAGAUGGAUGCCAAAAAAGGAACGAAUUGCCAUGUCUCAAGAUGAGUGGAAUGAGAAGCAGAGAACGCAAAGGGUUAAUGAAUUUGCACCUGUUUAUGAUCAACGCCCAUCAACAUCCAAAUAUAAGGAAAGAAGUAAUCCUGAGAGCCUUGAGCAGUCUGUUGCUGCAAAUUUAAGAUUUAUUAGAGAGAAAUUUGAUAAAAAGAAUUGAAUUUAUUUAAUUAAAUAAAGUGUAUUUUUUAUUCAGCAGAAAAAAAAUGAUGUUAGCAACAUUAAUUGUGGAUGUUAUCAUUUUAAUCCAUUAAGUUUGUUUCAUUAAAUUCUCAUUGAGUCAAAUGCCUUUAAUUUUAUUAAGUUUCUAAAAUUCAAUAAUCAUUUGCAAAUAUGGUGAUCCAAACGAAUUUAUAAUAAUAAUAAUUUUGGGUUUGCAUUUCAAUAUUUAGUUAUGCAUAAGUGAGUAAGUGAUUGAAAAAUAAAAUGUAGAAGAAUUAAAACAUAAAAUAGAAAAUGAAAACAGUUCAAAUUAUUGAGUUUUUAAAGCUACCUAAUUUGAGUAAUUAGAAUUUUUUAAUAUAUUCAAUAGAAUAAGAAGAUUUAACGGAAUGAGAUAUUCUUGAAAUGACUAAUGCGCCUUUCUUGUCAAAAAAAUUAACGACUUUUAUCGAGACCAAAAAAUCUAAAACUGUCUUCAAAAAUAAAUCCACAAAAUUAGAUCUCAUUGUUUAAAUUGCUAGACCAAAAACACUGAAAACAAUAAGAGAUAAUUACAAUUAAUUAGUCAUGUGUCCUUGAUAAUAGUGAGCUCCUGCUUAUAAUUACCUUGUUAUCACGUACAUACUCUUAUUUUCCCAUCUAACUGUACAGGAUCCAUCUGUGUCAUUAUUCCAAAAGCAACUAGAAGCCGUAUGUAAUCCUGCUCCAUUUUUCUGCAUUAUUAAGCACGUAACAAUGUAUUUAUAAGGCUUUUGUUGCUUUGUCAAUGUAUUUAAACAAUUUUCGACAAUAUUUCCAGUCCAU